UUUAGGAAUAUUUUCAACGGGACAGAAUCGGUAAAGCUCUUCCAUGGUUGAUAAUAGAACCGUAUGGUUAUUACCGAUGAUAAACUAGAAGACAGUUCGGAGUCAAUCCCACCUUAUGCCUCACCAAAUCCUUCACCUGCUCGGGGAGUAUAUGGCUUUGCAUUAUUCGUCUGUUCUUGGUUUUCUUUAGCCUUAUAUCUAAUUUGGGCUCUUCUCCCGACACCGUAUUUGGAACUACUUCAUUUAACAUAUUUACCAGCCAAAUAUUGGGCUAUUGCUAUACCACUGCUCUUACCAAUAGCAGUUGCUGCAUUUAUUAUCUUUGUAUUAGCACAUAAUCUGAUCCAGUUGCAUGGCGUUUUUGAUGAUAUUGAAAUUAUAGAAGACGAUUUUGGUGGAAGUGCAGGAGCUGUUAGUACUGAUUUGCAAUCUUUUUUAGCGAAUACUAGAAGUCUUUGUGAAAGAAGCGUGCCGUACAUCUCUGGUACUAGUGAAGAUAGCAUGAGCAAUUCGUAA